CAGAACCGCACAAAAAGCCAUGCAUCAGAAUGGUAGUAGGAGUUUACUUGCGAUCCACCCCAGCUCCUCUACUGACCUUGCACCUAGGGCUUCUUUCCUUCACUUCUUGUAUAUUCCUUGGCCACCAAAGCGCGUAUCAUCACUGUCCUUUCGCCUAUACUCAUUUUUAGAAGAACCUCCCUUUCUCCUAUACUCUCUUCCGGUGCAGCCGAAAUCAUUCCUGCAUAAGUACUGCAACUGCAGGUUGCAGCAGCUUUCUUCUGCACCGUUUCCACAAUUCCACCUCCAAGCUUUUGCAUCCUCAGCCUUUGCAUCUCGGAUGUCGGAUCGAUUUGAACCCGUCCUUGCUCCUUAGCAUUGCGAGCUUUACAGCCUUAGCAAUCUAUGGCACCGCGGCACAUGCACUGACAGGAACAAUUGUUCAUGUGUCUCAACUCUCAACUGAGCGUGUACGACCUCGUGCCGAUCAGAGCCAAGAACUCUCGCCCAUCGUGAGCCGAUGGAGGUGCAGAGCGCCGGGAUGCAGGAGGCCGCCGGCGGCGACGUCACCGGCGCGGAAGACGGCGUGGACGAUGUCUUCUUCUGCGUGGCCGCGACGUCGAGGGGCAACAGGAGCAGCACCUCCUACUUCCACACUAACGCGGCCGGCGAGGACGCCCAGUCGGCCCUCGCGCUGGCCGCGCUCUGCCUCGACCACGCGCCCAAGCACCACCGAUGGCACCACCACACCGUCGCCGGGGAGAGGACGUUCGCGUUCCUCUCGGCCGGCGACGGCCGCACGUACUUCGCCGCCGCGGACCCGACGCCGGGCGCCGCCGAGGUGGUCCGGUUCCUGGAGCGCGUCCGCGACGCGUGCGACGCCGCGCCCAGGAAGCGCCUGCGCGACGAGGCCGUGGCCCACGUCGCGCGGCAGUUCGCGCAGCAGCUGCGGGCCGCGGCGAGUUCCGGCACGGGGGACUCGGCGGCGCUUCCCGGAGCCUCGCCGCGGGAGCUGGCGCCGCCCCCGCCUAUGGCGCCGGUGUGCGCUGUGGACGCCGGCGGCGAGAAGGGCGAGGAGCACCAGCGGGCUGGAGCGCAACGUCGCGCCGUGCAACCGGGUGGGGAUAGCGCGCGGCCGGAGUGGCGCUCGUGGUGGCGCCACGCGGUGAUCGUGAUCGGCGUGGACGUGGUGGUGUGCCUGGUGCUGUUCGCCGUGUGGAUGGGGGUGUGCAAAGGCUUCAGGUGCCUUACGCGAUGAAUCGCUCAGACGCAGGGCCUGCAAAUUGUAAUCCACAUCCAUGCUGUGCAUGGUUAGUUUCAGAGCAGUAUGCAAGAGAAUGCAUUCUUUUAUGUUUGCUUAUCAGUUAUCACAUCGAGCAAUUGUAAAAGAUCGGUUUAGAAUCUAGUAAGAUAGUAGCGUUCUUCAAGUCAAGCAUGAUUUAGAAACUCCGUUCUCCGCGUUUGCAAAAUGCAGGAAAUCUACAAGUUCAUGCAUGACAAGGAUUGUAC